GCUUCUCUAACAGAUCGCCCUGUCUGAGUUUGCAGCUGAGCGGGCCACAGCACCGCGGCUCUAUUAUAUAACUUUAAUGUACUCACAGCUUGUUCACGGCGCAUAGGGGUGAUCAUCGCACUGCAGAUGUUGUCGAUUCUUUAUGGAUUAAUCCUGAAGAUCGGGAGCGACUGACUUUUAUUUCUCUUCCUCCCCUCUACGUCCCCCUGCUGCUGACGAGGCGCAUUAAAAGUUGCCGACGGAUCCAAGAAGCGGCGCACAGCGACGGUGUUGGGUCUUGAGUAAGAAAUAUCGCGGGGAAUGUUUCCCUGUCACACGGACAGAGACGUCGCUACUCGCUCUUCUGCUAUUUCAGCACGAAACAUCAGCGCGAUAAGAAGUGGGGUUUAUUCUACAGCGUGAUCCGGUGGACGCCGCGUUAUUUCUCGUGUGUGUUUAUUUUUGAACCAACUUGCUCUGACAGGAGAUGACCUAAUCGAGGGAGUUUUCUCUCACUUCAGAAUGACAAGAUGGAUCAGGGUGGACCAAAGCACAACGGUAAUCGGAACGACAACCUUACAUUUGCAGGGAUCAGACCUGAAGUAGGCAGAGAUUCAGUCAGCACAUCUGGUUUACUGCUUCAACCCACAAUGCAUCUGCCCAGUCCCGGGUCUGUGAACCAGAGCACAGUGGCACCAAAUGGACAAGGGGGAACUAAAGACCAGGGGGAACUUGGAGGCCUCUUUGAGUCAGAUAAGGAGGGUAAAAUGAGCAGAAUGCACAAACAAGAACAGGAUAUAUUCAGCUAUGGGGACAGUUUGUCUUUGUUGAACCAGAGUACUUCUGAUCUCGACCAGACGUCCACCUCUGUCAUUAACACAUCAGAAACCUCAGUCCUGGGGAACCUCCCUUUGCCUGACCUGUUCCCUCAGCAAAUUAAGCAGGAGGGGAUUUUCUCUCUGGAUAAGGAAUUAGGAACUUAUGGUGGACAAGCAGGUGUUGGUUCUUGCAGUCUGGAUGGGAGCACUUCUCAGCUAAUUGAUGAUGCAGAUAUCUGGCAAGACCUGGACCUUCCGAACUCUCUGCCAGAAAUCAGUGCUUUUGAGUUGGAUUCAGAGGUGGCACAUUUGGAUACCAUCCUCCAGGAGAGCAGCAGCGGUGGUGAAAAGUCCCUGUUAGGUAAUGGGGCCAACUGUAUUGGUUUGAACGGCACAGAGCAGCAGCAGCUGGUACAGCAACAUCAGCUUCAACAGCAGCAGCCACCGGGAAUGCUUUCCAGUGUUGUCAUCAAGGUGGAGAAGGAUCCUGACUUCAUCCACAUCCGUACCCCUGGUGUGGUCAAACAGGAGAAGCAGGACGGUGCUAGUUACUGCCAGUCCCAGUGUCUGCAGAGUGGCAUGAACCCUCUGCAUGGGGUGGGAACCAUACCGUCUGCCAUGGGUCUUGCCACGGGAACUGGGUACCACUACAGAGGCAAUCCUGAGACAGCGGGCUUGCAAGACCAGAAGCCUUUUGGCACAUACUCAAACUUGCCAGGAGUCGGGGAGAGCUGGAUAAGCGGGAAGAGGUAUGGAGAAGCCUCUGGGAUUCAGAGCACCAGUGAUGGCCUUCAAUCUGCUGCAGCUUUGGGGAAUUUUCCUGUCAGCUUUACAAGCUCAUCAGCCAGAACAGGAGAGAACAGCAGCACUGCCGUGACAGGCCAGUCCAAGCCCGGUGGGCAAGCCCAUAAGAUCUGUCUGGUGUGCUCGGACGAGGCAUCAGGAUGCCAUUACGGGGUGGUGACCUGUGGCAGCUGCAAAGUGUUCUUCAAAAGGGCCGUUGAAGGUCAGCACAACUAUCUGUGCGCGGGAAGAAAUGACUGCAUCAUUGAUAAGAUCCGCAGGAAGAACUGUCCAGCAUGCCGCUUCAGGAAAUGUCUCCAGGCCGGAAUGAACCUGGAAGCAAGGAAAAACAAGAAGCUUAACAAGAUUAAAGUGCAAACGCCGACCAGGCCCUCCGAACCUGCCAGCAGCCUGCCCAUGCCCAUCAUACCCAGAAGCAUGCCGCAGCUCGUGCCCACCAUGCUGUCCGUCCUGAAGGCCAUCGAGCCUGAGAUCAUCUACUCGGGCUACGACAGCACGCUGCCGGACACCUCAUCUCGUCUCAUGAGCACCCUCAACAGACUGGGAGGCCAGCAGGUCAUCUCUGCUGUCAAAUGGGCCAAGUCGCUGCCAGGCUUCCGUAACCUGCACCUUGAUGAUCAGAUGACGUUGCUGCAGUGCUCCUGGCUUUUCCUCAUGUCCUUCAGCCUCGGCUGGAGGUCCUAUGAGCAGUGUAACGGCAGAAUGCUCUGUUUUGCUCCAGAUCUCGUCAUAAAUGAAGAGCGCAUGAAGCUGCCUUUAAUGGGUGACCAGUGUGAGCAGAUGCUGAAGAUUUGCAAUGAGUUUGUCCGACUGCAGGUGUCUUAUGAUGAGUAUCUCUGCAUGAAGGUCCUGCUACUGCUGAGUACAGUUCCAAAAGAAGGCCUGAAGAGCCAGGCGGUUUUUGAUGAGAUCAGGAUGACUUACAUCAAGGAGCUGGGAAAAGCCAUUGUGAAGAGAGAGGAGAACACGAGUCAGAACUGGCAGCGGUUCUACCAGCUAACUAAGCUACUGGACUCCAUGCAGGAGAUGGUGGAGGGUCUCCUGCAGAUCUGUUUCUACACCUUUGUGAAUAAGACCCUCAGCGUGGAAUUCCCAGAGAUGCUGACGGAGAUCAUCACCAACCAGAUACCAAAAUUCAAAGACGGGAGCGUCAAACCUCUGCUGUUUCAUCAGAAGUGACGGCCUUAAACUGUGAAUCGAUGCCUUAACUGCCACACUGCUUCAGGCUCUCUUGCACCAGUUCUGCUUUCCCCUAUAAGUCUGGUUCAGAUUUUUGUUUUGGUUUUGCCAGCCUGGUCUGUUCAGUCUGAACUCAGAAAUUACCUAUAGCCUCAAACCUGCUACCACUGACUGUAGCUCAGUCUCUUGGCACACCAAGAACAAUAUGAAUGUUUCCUUUGAACGUCUUGUGUUUUUUCUCAGUCCUCACCUCCAGACCUCAGACAUUUAAUGUUUCUAAAGAUUUAAUAUGGCCUCUUACUCUCUCCUGCCUGCAUUACUAAAACCGUUUCCUCACACCGAUGCUCGCCAGCCCGAUCUGCUCCUGCCUGGUGUCAGUCCGCUCGCCUGCUGUGCUUCUCUGCGCUGAGUGUUGGUCACGGUCUGGAGACGAAGGGGACACAUUGCGAAAGAAUCUAACUUUUCUUCUGGACUCGAGGACAAAAAAACGGAUAUGACCAAUGGAAGAAUAGAAAAACAAAGCAGCUUGUGGAUUCUUCUUCAUGUGUUUUUAUGCAGACGCACAUCGCUGAUCACGCAUUGAGAGCUCACACCAGGCGUCACGGUCAGUUCAACCUGACAUGUUUACACAGGAUGUAUCUGAGGGAAAACUAGUGCCUUUUAGUUUUUAUGCUCAUUAUAGCCAUCGCUUACAGACACAUCGUUUUUCUUUUUUUACCUUCAUGUUUUGCCUGGCUUUAGUUUGCUCAACCUGUCUCCUUCUGAUUCCUCUUUGAAUUGGACAUUUCUGGUAUUUUGAAAGUGGGACGUCCUCUCUGUCUCUGUUCUGUGCAGGAAACAAAGUCAGCCCAGCAACUUGAAAUAUUAUUAUUCUCAUAUCCAGGUCUUAAAAGGUUUAAAGAACUUCUAUAUUAUGGUUAAAUAUACAAUUUGUUUUGUAUUUGAGUUGGAAGAUUAGGUAUUGUCUCAACCCUACUUCUCUUUACAUGUAUUGUAAGCAGCCACUAUCUUACAAUUUAUAUCUGAGUUGAUAGAGAAUGCAAAUUCCUAUCAAAUGAUGAAUGUUUGCAACCAGUUGCAAUUUGUAUUUUUUGGGUACAUUUUAAAAAUAUGUAUCAAAUCGAGUGAGUGAAUCCAUGAAAAUGCCCACUGUGUGUGUGUGCUCGAUAUUAUCCAUGAUACUUCAAGUCAACCUCGCUCAAAAUGUCAGUCCUGUCCUUUUCACUGCCAGCUGCUCUCAAACUGAGCUUGCUGCUUUUCAAAUAGUUCCACAUUUGUUAUAUGUAAUUUAAAGGUAGUGAUAGCAUCUUGAAUUCACCAAUCAAGCUUUUUUCCAGGCUGUAGCAGCUUCCAGUUUUCUUUGAGGUCUUGCGCGCUCAUUCCAUUUUAGAGUACUUAAUAUUUGGGUGCUAAGGACAAUAACACAUCAGGUGUUGUGCUGCAGGUUCUUUGAUACAGCAGAUAGACUUGAAUCCUAUAAAACCUGUAAGGAUCUAUAACAUUAACCCCUUUUUGCAUCAAAGUAUAAUGGAACAAUUAUCUGAUUUUUAUUAAGCACAAGUAAAUGCAUGAAGUACAUGCAGUUUUAAUGUAGUAAUACAAUCUGAACUGUUUAUUUUUUCCAUAAAUCUUUGAUUGGUGGAUCUCUGAUAGAAGUGCAACAGAAAAUGUAUUUGGACUACUUUUCCCAUCAAGCUCUGAUUUUAUAAAAUGUUCUUGAAAAUAGGUGAAAAACAGUAAAACAGUGAAUAGUGCGUUUAAAUACACACUUUAUACAUAAAACCUGCCUUUUAAUUCAUUGUAGAAUUCAUCCAUUUGAAACGUAAGAAGCUGCAGUCGAGUCCACAUAAUUAGUUUAUUCUUGCUCAGGCGAUGUCUCAUUACAUCAGAUAUUUUUGUCCUAUUAGUGCCAAAUAUCAUGAAAGGUUUUUAUCACUUUUCUUUUAAUAUCCUGCAGAUGUGAAGGGUAACGUGUACAGUGGUGGUUUGUAACUUUGCUUCAGGGUGCUCAAUCUACAGUGUCACAGAUAACACCAGCUAACUAGAAUCAAUUGUUUAAAAGAUGAUUAUUUUUUUUCAGAUUCAGAUGUUGCUACAGUUGUUUAUGUGUAUAAAGCAUUCGUACCAGCUUAGUGGCCAAAUCUAAUGUUCAGGUUUGCAGCGGCUUCUGCUGAGUCUAAACACAACACUGUUCACCUUCCUGCGCCACUGUCCUUGGUUUUUCUAACUAAGAUGUUGGCUUUCAGGGUUCCUACAGAGUUUUGACAAGCAUGAAAGAAGUAUGCAUAGAGAAAUGUUUUCCGUUUUAUCUCUGUCCUGCUCCUUAAUGUUGCUGUUCCUUCUGUUCUUUUUCCUUGUGUUCCUCCUCCUGUUGUUGGUUUUUGUAUAGUUGAAAUAUCAGUCCUAAAUUCAUACAUUAAUUCUUAAUAAUUUAAAGUGAAAGAACUGGGAAUGCUGCAAAACUGAGUCUGGAAAAGUGGAGUUUAUACAUGAACCUGUGUAGGAACAUCAUAUGGAUUUUCUGCUCUUUACUUAAAUGCACAAAAGACUAGCAGUACUCUUCUAUUAAGAGCCAUAUGUUUUGUUCUUUUCUUUGAAGCCAAUCCUACUGGGUGACUGUUUAGUUCACAGGCUUUUCGGCUGUAGCUCACCCAGAGUCUGCUUUUAUCCCAGCGUGUUGAUCAAUCUGAGGAUUUUAACUGAAUCCUCUUGUUUCAGGUGGCUUUACAGUUAUUACGAAUGUACAGUAUUACAUUCGUGUUCAGGUGGCGGCGAGUCUGGAGGCCAGCUUUAACGUAACGCUCCCCUGCCCCUUGCCCCCAUGGCCUGCUUUUAGGGUUAGAUGUACAUAAAUAAAGGUGACAUAUCCAGUGCAAUGCAAACAAGUGUCUGUUAUUACAGAAAACAUAUUUUUACAUGUCUGUCAGCACUCACGACUUUCUUAUACAUUUCAGUUUGACUAAAAGCCUUGCGAAAGGGAGACAGAGAGCCAUAGAAAUACGAUUUCAAAUCAGGAAAUAGACAAAUAUCAGUGCUUUUGGAGAUUGAUCUAUUGUAAAAAAAAAGAAAUAUUUUGUGAUUUUUAAAUACAUUAUCCUGAUCCUCUUUGAUAUGACUAAUUUUAAUUAAUCAUUUUUGUACAUUAAAUAAGUCAAAAACGUAAUUUUUUCCCCGUUUGUCGGUUUUUGUUUGAUAAAGGUAGAUGUGAUGAAUACAUUAGGAAGUGUUUGUCUUGUGAAGUAAAUGUCAAUUCUACAAGUGUGUGCACAAGUCGACAAGAAUGCUCACUGUGUUUUUUUGUUUUGGUUUGGUUUUUUAAAAAAAUAAAACUAAAUGAGGAAGAGGAGAGCUAGAAGGCUGUUUGGGGCAACCGACUAGAGGACGUUUAUUUUUGAAUUUUUGUUUUGCGCUAAACAACAGUGACCAAAGCAGAGGAGUAACUGAAAACAAACUGAAGUAAUCGAGCAGUUACAAUUUGUGUAGCACCUAUGAGCUUACUUCUUAGCACUUCGGGUUUUAUUUCAAAUGUGUCUUUUUUUUUGUAAAAGGUCUUGGCUUUGGAUCUCCUGUAUAUUGCUGUAAAGAUCUACUGGUCACUUAAAAGAUGAAAAGGAAAAAAAAACAAACAAAAAAAAAAUACAAGGAAAAACAAUAUCUCCACGUGAAAAUAAGUUUUCCAGAGCCUGACAAAAUUGCACUACCCUCAUAUGGGUUGUCACAGCCUACUUUGUAUAAAAUACAUGCAAUUAUCUUUAAACAUUAAGGGCAGAUCAUGUUUCACUGGUAUACAGAGCUAUGGCUUUCACUGAAGUCUGUUUUCGUUCAUAUGUCAGUUAUGUAGAUGUAAUGUAAUGUAAAGACAAAUAUAGAUAUAAAAAAAGUUUAAAAAUGGUUUAUAUUUACACUUCUGUAUUCAGUGUCAAUAUUUUCCCCUAUUUGAUUACAUGUUGAAUUAGGUUUUUGUGUUUUUUUUUUUCUUUUUUGUUUAGUUUUUCCAACAUUGGAUUUGGCAUUGUGUCAGAUGAUGUCUGUCAUCUCUGGUUCAAGGCGGAAAUGUGGAAGAACUGAUUUUUCUCUAGUUCAAGCAUCUUACACAAUAAAGUUCCUGUUUUGCAA